AUGUUGGCCAGCGACGCCAUCGGCGGACGCCCGCUGAUCCCUCGAGCCAGCAGCAUCGGCGUCGGCGGCGGCGGCGGCAUGAACUCUCACGAGUCUGUGGGUGGUGGGACGCCUGGCCGCCCGACGACAUCCGGCCGCAGGUACAUCCGCUCGCGGGAGGGUUGUCUGACGUGCAAGCGUCGAAAGGUCAAGUGUGAUGAGCAGAGACCGCGGUGUUCCCACUGCGAGAGGCUCAACAUGGAGUGCAAAUGGCGGCCCCAGACGCGCUCAGCCGCGCAGAGGAGGCUGCCCACCAACGACAUGAAUGGGGCGGCCGCUGAGCAGAAUCUGUCGCCGGCCACCGAGGCCUCACCUGGAAACUCCGUCUUCCAGCCGGCCCACGCCGUCGACGAGGUCUUCGACUACGCCAGCUUCAUGUGGGACUCGGGGGACUUCUGGCAGCAGGCUGCACAUUCGCAAAUCACAUUCCCGGACAGGACGGCCUUUGUCAAUCCGUUCCCCGCACCCUCACUCACGCAAAGCAACGACAGCCAGGAAAAGCCGCCCCUGCCCCAAGGCGGCGAGAAGUUGAUGGAGUUCUUCGUCCACUCCGUCAACCCGCCCAUCAUCGCCGAGGUGGAAACUCACAAGAAAUGGCUUUCUAUGCGCCAGGCAGUUGUCGAGAUGGCAAACAUCUCUUCCAUGGUGCGCUACGCUAUUCUGGCCUUCUCCAACGUCCUUCUCAGUCGUCAGGAUGGGACCUGGGCCAUGGGGGAACAAAACUACUACGAGCACGCUGCCGCCGAGGUGGCGAGCCAUGACGGCCGGUCGAUGAUUGAUUACAGUCCAAGCCGAGAAUACCUCCUGGCAACUCUCUUUUUCCUCAGCUACAUCGAUAUUCUCGACAGUCGACUGGAAGCCGCCCACACCAACCUCAAACGCGCCUACCUCUUGUUCCAAGGAAGCAACAAGAGUAGCCUAUCAGCUGCCGAGAAACAACUCCUGCUUUGGAUUCGUCUCCUGGACGGUCGUGCAGUCUCUGCUGGUGGCGACGGUCUAUUCUUGUCCAAGGAUGAUGAACUUAUGCUCGUGGAAGCAUCGCCCGCGAGUUUCGAUGGAGAGGCCGACGAUGUUUCGAAACUGGAUGCCGCCGAGGGCGAUAUCGAAGAUGCCCUAUUCCAGGUCCUGUACCAGCCAGGCGUCGUCUUCUACCAAAAAGUCCAGAGCUUCAUGGGGCGCAUAUCCAAGAUCGAUCCCUGGCAUCGUUCACGAGGGACUGUCGAGGACGAGAUCGAAGUUAUGAAUAUCGGCGCCGCUAUCACAGCCGACCUGCGAACGCUAUACGACCAACGACCGCCGUUGAUGGAUUAUGCUGUGGCGGGGAAGCUCACGGAGCCGCACGUCUCGAAGCACCUGGCGUUUGUCAUUACCCGCGCAUUCCGAACAUACCUGUCCAACUAUUACGCCAGCAAGAUUCAUCUGCACCGUGUCGCAUACAAGAACCUGCCGCUGACCAAGGAGGUGGUCGAGGCGUUGGAUCAGAUCCGGAGGCUGGCGCAGCAGAUUGUGGCAGAUUUGGACCCCGAAGACACGCUCCCGGUCAACAUGCUCUGGCCGCUUUUGAUGCUGGGCGUCGAGGAGCAGGAUGCCAACGAAAAGGUCUGGAUCAAGACGCAGAUUCUCAGAAUGGAAAAGGUCGCCGGCAACGCUCGCAUCACGGCGCAGGUGCUGGAGGAGGUCCAGGCCCGGCAAGACGCUGCAAAGGCUCGGAUGGAUAUCCGGGCGGUCAUGCACGCCGUCUUCAACUCGUGCUUCGCGAUCGUCUAG